UUACCUGGGCCACCACAGUUAUCCAUGUAAAUUUUCGUAGAUUAAUUAUUAUUUUUGUGGCUGUUAUUUGACACUCUUUUUAUCUAUCAGAAUGAGUAAACGAAAACUUCCAUCUGGUUCAGUUGCAUUAAGUCAGUACAGGGAUCAACAUUUUAGGGUAAGAUGUAGUUUAAAAAUAAUUGAAGACUAUUAUUAUUAAUUAUUUAGGCGAGGCCGAGUGGUAAGCAGACCAGACGAAGCUCCAGACUUAGAUACCAGUACUAAUCUCAGACUAGUACUAGUAUCACUAGUGAUUUCGAGCUCUUCUACUUCUAGCCGUUCUAGUACUGGCUUUAUAAAGUCUGCGUCUGACAAGUAGACCUCAAAGUUGAAGCUUAAACUAACUAAACUUUGUUGUUUUGUUUGUUUUUUGGUUUAAAAAUGUCUCAUUUUCAAAUGAUUUUGUUACAGAUACAGACAUCCUAAAGUUUUUAUGGCUACUAAAAAAAUUUUACAUGACAUUUUGAUUGACAUUUUUGACGGACUGUCCGAAAUUUACAGUUUACAAAUAGUUGGUAAUCCCUCGUACUGGUGAAAAUUAAGUUUGUUAUUGUUAUUGAUUAUUCUGUAAACUAGCACUUCAACGUCGGCUAUUAAAUUAUCAUGAUUUGUGUAUGACGUGCAAUCACAAAGGAGUGCAUAGAGAGAUAUAGUCUAUCAGUUUCAUAUAGACAUUGUGUCUUGGAUUCAAAGGCAGCAUAUGCAAAAAUAAAUCAUAUUAAAAAUUUAACACAGAAUCCACAAAAACUUGAUCAGCAAAACUUUCUUAAUACAAAUGACACCUUCACAAAGAAUGUAGACGUAGAAAAUAUGUGGUUGUGCGAGAAGCAAGCGCAAACUGAAAAGACAGUUAGACACCAGCCAAGCUCUUAUCACUUGAUAUUUCUUUCAUUGUUACCUUAGGGCCCCUAAGGCUAAGGGGGAAAGCUAUGAUAAACUUAAACUCUGUUUGUUUACAUAUUAUAUUUUUUUUUUACAUUAAAUUGCUUAAGUUUAAAAAUGUUGUCUUAAUCAGAAUAUUUAUAUAUACCGGUAUCAUAAUAUUUGUGCUGAAAUUAAUAUGUGCAAUUUCAUUUUUUUUAAAAACUUUUUUAUUCAUUAGGAUCUAUAAAAGAAUUUUUAUCUUAUCAAUUGAGAAUAAUAAUAAUAAUUAGUGGUCUUUUAUAGCGCGGUACCCCAGUCUAGGGCUGGGCUCACAGCGCUGUACAUAAAAAUAUUAUGAAAAGAGACAUAACCAGUAAAAUAGAACUUUAGACUCAAAAAGACCAAUUUUUGAAGUGGUAGAUCAAUUAUCAAAAAUUAAUUAUUUAAUUUAUAUUUAUUAGGAUACCACUAAAGGCUUGAUUGAUAUAUAAAAAUGUGCAUUGAUGUCUAGAGCAUUGUUUCAUAAUUCUUUAGUUUGGCGGAAAGAUGGAUAAGUUUAGCACCUCACCAGGGAACGUUGCUAGAUGUAUAAAUUAUUUUAACUUUUUAUUGGACAUUAAGUAUGUCAUAAAUGUGAGAGGACUCACUUAACUAUUGCAAAAAAAAUUUUUUAACGGUUGUAAUUUUUUUUUGAGGUGGGUAUAUUAUACUAAAUUAUGGCUGUUAAAUUUUAUUUAACUUUUAUCCAAUUUCUUGUCUGAUGUUGUGCACCAGCAACAUAAGGCUUGCUGACAACCACUUUUGGAAACACUGGUCUAAAGCAUUAAUCAUCAACCCCUUGGCCAUGUUAAAUCUAUAAAUUUGGUUUAAUCAGGAUACAUGGUUUGCCAUCAUAAGAGAUAUGUGUGUGUUAAACAAUAUAUUUUUGUUAUGAAAAAUAUCAAACCAUUUAACACAGUUUACCCUAAACAGUCAUGUAAAGAAUAAUAUUUUCAUUUUGAAAAAAUCCAUUCUUUUCUAGGCUUUUAAAUAUCUCCAAAAUGUAUACCCAAAGUCAUUCAGCUAAACUUUUUUUAUUUGUCACGACUAACAAUCACAAACAAAUAGUUCUUAAUUUUUAUUUUAGACAUUAUUUUUUAAAUUAAUAAAUGCCCCCAUAAUGCAUGCAUAUGAUAUAGUAAGUUCCAGCAAUGUUUUAUCCACAUUUGAUGUAUGUUUAUAUGUUUGUCUUAGCAUAUUAACCAGUUAUUUAACAUAGGCACCAAAUAGCGAUUACUACCUUUUAAGUGUAACAUACUUUUUUAUUAGCUUUAUGGUCAAACAGAGCUUAAACAAUUAUGAGGCACUUGCCUUGUGAGCCCACAGUAAAGGUAAACCAGAUGUAAACCUAGCUUGGUAAAAAGAGGGCCUUUUAAACAAAAAGUUACCCCGAGUGCCAAAAUAUCUAUGGCACGUGUUCAUCAACUCCCUAGGGCACGGUUAAAAGGUUCGAUGGACCAUGUUCUGGCCAUUAUUCAUUAUUUACUAUACUGUUGCCCUUGUGUCCAUUAUAGAGUACAGACAGCAAGAAUACAACACUGAGGGUAAGUAUAUGUUCCCUCUAGGAAUUUAAGUGAUGCUAAAAAAUAUGGCGCCCGACCUGUCGACAACACAGGACUGACAUAUUUCUUAGGAGUCUUGACAUCCUUUGUUUAUUUAAUCAUUAGAAUUACCUGGUGAUAGUUAAGAACAGAGCAGCUUCAUUGUAGAUGUAGGUCGCUCCAAUCAACAACAUUCAACAUUUUAAUAUUUAGAGUAGUUCAUUUAAUUUUUCAUUUUCAAGUUACAUAAUCUAAAUUAACGUGUUCUUUGUCUCUCAAAUUUUGAAAUGGUAGGGAACUGCUAGGAUAUAACUAUUAAAUUUAACAACAAAAAUCUGUCCCUUGAGAGGAAACUGCAUAGUUGGUUUAGGUUUAAAUAAUAUUUGUGUGUGACGUAGACAUAUAUUUUUUAAAAUUUUAUUUUAAAAAUUGUAAAAUAUCUUGAUUGGUUUUAUUUUUUGCAGUUGUUUCAACCUAAAUGGUGGAUCAAUAUUUAAGUAUUAAUUUCAUUAAAGAUUCAUAAAAUUAUUCAAUUUUACAUUUGUGUAUUUCCCUCAUCACUUGCCUAUUCUUCAUUUCAGGUGAUAGCUAUGCAGUGGACCUUUGUUUAAUGCCAGGAUUUUCUUGGGAAAAAAGGGUUGUUAAAAGAGAGUUACUAAAAUCCUAAAUGUUUUACAGAGAUUUAGCUUUAGAGAUGGAUUAGAUUGAAUAAAUGGCUUUCAAAGUCCCAUUUACCAAGUAGGUUAAUUGAAGAGUUUACUGGUCAAGCAGUGGUAUAUAGUGGCUAAGAUAGCAUGGCCCUUUUUGAUCCCAGAUAUCACCCCAUAAAAGGAAUUUUAAGGUGGGUCAGAGGCAGGACCGGCCCUGCUGUUGCUGGCGCCCCGGGCAAGCAUAAUUUUGGGGUGUAAUAAUAAAAAAUUUUGCACAGUAAAAACUAGGGGUUAGGUAAUGAGUUCAUUACCUAGGUGUUUUUCUUCUUAACAAACGAUAAACAAUAAUGAACAAUGAGCCUAUUACCAAUGACAUUUCUUUUAGCCUUUAGAUUAGUAAAUAGUUUUAUUGCACUUUUUAUUGUUAUUCCAUAGCAUCCACAUGCAAUGCUUUUUCCUAUUUUGGAAGAUCGUUGAUGCCGCCCUAAGCACAUAGUGCCCCGGGCAACUGCAUCAGUUGCUGGUACAUUGAGCUGGCUCUAGUCAGAGGGAUGCUAAAUGUAACACACACGCCCCCCCCCCCCCCCCCCCCCCCUUCGGCCGUGUCUUGUUCUACAUGAGGAAUUUAUAUUGGAAGGAGAAUCUCUGUCACUGAUUUUAAUAUUUUAAAGCAGCUGCAAUGGUUAUUUACUUUUAUGUAUCUGACAUCAGAUGGUGUAGUCUUUACUCCCUCCAAAUCUAUUUAUUUUUGGAGUAGCAACAGUGACCUUUUGUUGGUAACACAGAAAGUCUUGGCAUUUAAUAUAGGUCAACUGCAAGUCCAGCCCCAUUGAGAGAUUGAAAAAGACUCUUUGAUACUUUGAUAUAAAUUGUGGACUUACAACUCACUGAGACAUUGUGUGGGGGGUGCCACUUACAAUCGGGGGUCUUUUAAUUUAAUUCUUUUCUUUCUUACGGCUAACCCUUGCAGGGCAAUCGAACGGAACAAGAGAAAUUGCUGCUCUUAAGCACAACGUUGUACAUAGGUAACCUGUCAUUCUACACAAGUGAAGCUCAGAUCCAUGAGUUGUUCAGUCGAGCUGGCGAUGUGAAGAGGAUUGUCAUGGGGCUUGACAAGGUCCAGAAAACCCCUUGUGGGUUCUGUUUUGUGGAGUAUCCUUUUAUUUGUCCAAAUUAAAUUUAAACAUCAUUUUUUAUGAUUGGUUACAAUAAUUUUUAUCUGAACAUUGUAGUUCAGGUUUUUUCCUUAACCGUGGCUCAGGUAUUAUACAAGAGCUGAUGCAGAAAAUGCCAUGAGGUAUAUAAAUGGGACACGGUUGGAUGACAGAAUUAUCCGUACAGACUGGGAUGCUGGAUUUAAAGAAGGGCGACAGUACGGGAGGGGCAAAACUGGUGGCCAGGUAAACAACUAACCAUCAUGUGUUCCUCAUACUGUGCCAGGGUUGUUGCUAUUAUGGCUGUGGUGUGCUCUGACACGCUAAUCUUUACUGUAACAUUUGCUGACCUUGCUUCACAGAGAAGCAGGCUAAUAAUACAUACUAUACGAAUACUGGCAACAGAAUUAAUUUUCGCUGAUGAAAAUUUGGAUAGACACACAAUGUUUGAUACUGAUAUCCAUCAAGACGUUAUACAAAUUCAAAAAGAUUGCUUCUGUCAUCAAAAAAUGUAUAAUUUAAAAAUAAAACAAACAAAAAAAUUAAAUUAAUUCCCAAGUACAUGUUUUGUGAAAGGGUUUUGGGGAGUUUGUAUACACGAUACAUGAUUUUGACAUUUGACCUCACUAAAUUUCAGGUUCGAGAUGAAUACCGCACAGACUUUGACGAAGCCCGGGGAGGUUAUGGCAAAAUGUUGGCCACUAAGAUCAGACGCACAUCAGAUGUGUCGUGACCUACUUGUUUCAGUUUCAUCUCAGUUUUUUUCUAUUGUGUGGAUGAAUGUGAAUCCUGGUGUGUCUGUAAGUGGGAGUUACGCUGAAUGACUAAUUUAAGUGGGAGCUAUGCUAUAUGAGUGGGAGCUUUGCUGUAUGAGUGUGAGGUGCGCGUGUCUGUAAAUAAAUUUGAAAGUGAACCAAAUGAGUUGAACCAAAUGAGUUUUUAAUUUCAUGAGUGUGAGUGGGAGGGGAGUGAACCCCAAUGGUGUAUUUUGUAACAUGCUUUGGAGCUAACUAAUACGUGAGUUAUCUCCUUUUGUUUUAAAAACACAUGAAAUCUCAAAUUGUGUGGUAGUCUACAAUGUGAAUGAAUAAACCUGUCCAAGAAUUUA